AUGUCUAUCAAUCCAGCCAUCGUCGGAACUAAUGCCGCAAAUGGCUCCCCAGCCGGGUCCACCAGAUCAGCCACCGCCAUGCAGACAUCCAACUCGAUCGCUGGUACCAGCGUCGGAACUGGUACAUUUGGUGUCAAGACUGGCUUGGCCCAAAUGCUCAAAGGUGGUGUGAUCAUGGAUGUCGUAAACGCCGAACAAGCCCGGAUCGCCGAAGAGGCCGGCGCAUGUGCUGUCAUGGCACUCGAGCGGGUACCAUCCGAUAUCCGUCGAGAUGGCGGAGUUGCCCGGAUGUCUGACCCAGCAAUGAUCAAAGAGAUCAUCGAUGCUGUCACUAUCCCUGUCAUGGCCAAAGCCCGAAUCGGACAUUUUGUCGAAGCACGCAUCUUACAAGCCAUCGGCGUCGAUUAUAUCGAUGAAUCUGAAGUCCUCACUCCAGCCGAUCCUGAGCACCACAUCAACAAACACGCCUUCAAAGUGCCAUUUGUCUGUGGAGCCAAGAACCUCGGAGAAGCCCUCCGAAGAAUCUCAGAGGGCGCCGCGAUGAUCCGAACUAAGGGUGAAGCCGGAACAGGAAACGUGAUCGAAGCUGUUCGACAUGAACGAGCAGUCCUUGCCGAUAUCCGUAGAGCUUCAGUCAUGUCGGACGAAGAGCUUUACACCUUUGCCAAAGAACUCUCCGCCCCUUACCAUCUUCUCAAGGAAGUCGCACGGACCAAGCGUCUACCGGUUGUUAACUUUGCUGCUGGUGGAAUUGCCACUCCGGCAGAUGCUGCACUCAUGAUGCAACUCGGUUGCGAUGGUGUAUUCGUUGGAUCGGGAAUCUUCAAAUCUGACAACCCAGCCUUACUCGCCAAGGCCAUCGUUCAAGCAACCACUCAUCACAACAACCCACAGAUGUUGGCAGAGAUCUCGACUGGCCUUGGACCCAUGAUGAAGGGUGAGGGUAAUCUACAGAGUAAGGAUGUGGUGAAGAUGUCUGCCAGAGGUUACUAG